AUGUCGACCUCCGUACCCAUUGCUCCCAGGCCUCAGGAGGUCAUUAUUCCAUCCACGGAUGUUCUGACGUUCGCAUUCGAUCGUCCGGGGCUGUUCGAGAAAGAUCAACAGGUCUUCGUGGAUGCUAAAGACCCUUCGAAGAGGAUAUCCUGGUAUCAAGCCUAUUACAUUAUCCGUCGACUUGUCAAGGGUUUCAAAGAAAAAGGAUUGCAGGAACAGGACGUGGUUUGCUGUCAUAUGUACAACAACAUCUGGUAUCCGCUGAUCUGGCUCGGGAUAAUCGGGGCGGGAGGUUGCGUCCUGGGAACGAACCCAGGCUACACGCCUUCCGAGCUGUCCCACAUCUUCAAGUUGACGAAUCCAAAGUUCGUUGUGAGCCAGGUACAAUGCUCAGACCCAGUCCUUGAAGUAUCUUCGCACGGAUCGCUCGCCGCCGAUCACAUAUUCUUGAUUGAUCUCGAAUCGGAGAGGGAUCCAAAGGGUUGCCGAAGUUGGGAGGACCUUCUUCGGUGUGGCGAAGAUGAUUGGGAGCGACCGGAACCGAGUCAAAUUGCGGCCUAUGCGAUGACCAGCGGCACCACGGGUCUCCCGAAAGCCGCCAUGCUCUCUCAUCGAUCAAUAGUUUCCCAAACUGCGACUUUGGAAAAUGAAUUUCGUGCCAAGACUUAUGUGCCAAGACAGUUGAUUUUCUUGCCGAUCUUUCAUGCCUUUGCCAUGCCACUGGCAAUGCUUCUGCCGUUACGGUUGGGAAUUCCGACCUACUUCCUUCCACGGUUCGAUUUGGCAGAUUUCACCCGAGCGGUCGGCCGCUUUACCAUCACGGACGUGGCAAUCGUGCCUUCAAUAGCGUCCAGCGUUGCCUCGAUUCCACUGUCUGAGCGUUAUCUCCUUCUUUCAUUACGGCAUCUCAUUUCUGCCGCUGCCCCGAUGUCAGCGGCGGUUCAAAAUCACCUUUACAAUGUCCUGAGCCCGAAUGCCGUGAUUUCGCAAUGCUGGGGCAGUACCGAAACCGGCUGGAUUACGCUCUUUUCCUGGCGGGAGAAAGACGAUACUGGGAGCGUAGGGCACUUAUUGCCGAAUGUCCGGAUGAAAGUCGAUCGCUCUCCAGUGUCUACCCUCUUCUCGACCGAAGGCAACCCUGGAGAAGGGCUGAUCCACAGUCCAAGCAUGUUCUCCGGCUACCUCAACGAUGUGGACGCGAGCCAAGCGGCCAUUGACCGGGAGGGAUUCUUUCGAACUGGUGACCUCGUUUACCUUCGAGCUGGCAAGGUCUUCUACGCCGGGCGAAUGAAGGAAACCAUCAAGGUCAAAGGCUGGCAGGUGUCUCCGACUGAAAUUGAGAGUAUCCUAUCACGUCACCCGCUGAUAUCUGACGUGGCGGUGGCCGGUGUGGCUUCUGAAGAUGAAAGUGGUCUCGUUGAUACAUUACUUCGCGCGUAUGUGGUUCGUCAACGCCCUAGCGACUCUGAUGCCCAGGGCUGGCCUCGGCUGACGGAGGAACACGUCGAGGAAUUUGUCAAGUCCCAGCUCAUCUCAUACAAGCAGCUGACUGGAGGUGUCGUAUUCGUCACCAAGAUCCCUCGGUCUAGCACAGGCAAGAUCCUACGCGUUUUACUUGAACAAGCUGAAAUAGAUACAGAUGUCACCAACGUAUAA